GACGGUGAGAGUUGUAAACCACACGAGUAGACACAAAGUCGCCGGGAGAGAGAGAGCGCGUCUGCUCUCCGUCUUCUCAACAGUUACGCACCGCUGCAGUCUCCCUCUGCCCUCCACUGUGUACCACCACCUCCACCUCCACCAGCAGCACCAACAACAACCUGCCUUCUCCUCUCUGAAGGACCGGGAGCAGGAGUCCGGAAACGUAGCGACGAGCUUCUGUCCCAAAACACUGGAACUGCGCAAGUAAAGCGGGAGAGAAAGAGGAGGACGGAAGUUUUCCUCUGUCGGGGCGCACCGGACCGAAUGGUUGAGCCCAGUUCUCCAGCGCUACACCUCCUUCCUCGUGGGGAUGUCAGCAUGGCAAAUGUUGGAGUCAAAGUAGAAAAGGAGGAGUCGAGCAGAACAGAUGGAAUCAAUGCUAAUGCUGUACCUCUUAAGACAUCUCCUUCACAUGAUUGGCCAGGAAAUCAGCUGCUCGAGGCCCGCCAACUGACCCCACCACUGUCCCGCUCCCCCUCGGAGGGCUCUCCAGGUAAAGAGCUACCUCACAGGCAAAGCCCCAUGGGAGUUAUGGAGGCAAGGAUGCAUGACCAUUCAGAACGGCAAUCCAACUUCAAGGAAGGCACCCCGGAGUCUCUGGCAGAGAAGGAGCUCCAGCUGCUGAUGAUGAUCAACCAGCUGAGCGGCCUCAGGGAGCAGCUCCUGGGAGCCCACUCUGAGCAGAGGAACAUGGCCGCCCUGCUGCUGGAGAAACAACAGCAGCAGAUGGAGCUGGCUCGCCAACAACAGGAACAGAUUGCUAAGCAGCAGCAGCAGCUGAUCCAGCAGCAGCACAAGAUCAACCUGCUCCAGCAGCAGAUCCAGCAGGUAAACAUGCCCUACGUAAUGAUCCCGGCUUUCCACCCCAACACCCAGGCCCUCCCGGUCACCUCCGAUCCCCAGAUGACUCUGCCACUGCAACCAAUCCCCUGCAAGCCAACUGUGGACUAUCCCAUGCAGUUGCUGCCGAACACGCAUCCCACCCCUGUCAAGAGGAGCAGUGGUUCCAUCCGACAGGAAGCCAAUCAGCCUCUGAACCUGACCUCCAGGCCCAAGGGGCUGGAGCUGGGUAAAACACCCAGUCCACGUAGUCUGGAGCUGGGAUCACUGGCACUGCAAGGAUCCUACAGACCCAGAGACUUCCAGAGGGAGGUGUCCCACAGCCCACCACGAUCUGCCCUCAGUUUCCUAGGAGACAGCGAUGUGGUCACCCAGGCCAUCCACGAUGCUCAGCAGCUCCUCAGGACUCACAGCAGCGGAGGACGAGAGAGAGACAGGGAAAGACACGGCAGCGGAAAGGAGUUCAGAGGUUCUCCCUGCAAUGAGGGAGCGUCUCACUGUGAGCGGACUGAAGACAGACUGCCGUCCACUGAGGACCACCUCAGCAGUGACUCUGAGGUCCCAGGCGGCUACCCUGAGGCCCGCCACCCUCCCUCCUCGGGACACAUCAAAAGGCCCAUGAACGCCUUCAUGGUGUGGGCCAAGGAUGAGCGGCGGAGGAUCCUGCAGGCCUUCCCUGACAUGCACAACUCCUCCAUCAGCAAGAUCCUGGGCUCCAGAUGGAAGGCCAUGUCCAACCAGGAGAAGCAGCCGUACUACGAGGAGCAGGCGAGGCUGAGCAGGCAGCAUCUGGAGCGCUACCCGGACUACAAAUACAAACCGCGACCCAAACGGACCUGCAUCGUGGAGGGACGAAGACUGAGGGUGGGCGAGUACAAGGCCAUGAUGAAGAGCCGCCGUCAGGAGCAGAGAGCAACCUACAGCCACAGUCAAACAGAACCACAGCAGAUCCAUUACCCCCACACUGACGCCCAGUACCCAGGCGGCUCGGUUUCAGCGAUGCCCUUUCACCCAGCGCUACUGGAGCAUUAUCUGCCUCAAGUCCCACCCGCCCCACGCAGAACCGAAGGCCAGGCCGGGGCCACCCCUCUGCCCAGGGAGAGGGAGAGAGAGCAGCCUCCAUACAGCGAAGGAGAGGACAGCAACGGGGAGGAGAGGAGUGAGGGGGAACUGGUGCUGCUGACAGACUGAGGAAGGACAGACAGAGGGGGGAAAGGAAAAGGAAAAACCUGGGAUGGGAGGAAGGUAAGGGUGGCUGAGGGGAGGAUGUUCUGUGUUCAGUGAAAAAGUACUGACUUAUUCCCCUGUAAAUGAGCCCAGUCUGCAGUAAACCCUCCACACACACAGAGGGAAGCUCUUCUUGUUUCACUUCAUGGCUGUCUUGCUUGCUGCUUGGUGUUAGAAUAUCAGAGGUAUUAAUCCAUUUUGCUCCCAGUUUUCUCACCAUUUUGGCUUUUGACAAACAAAAUGCCGCACAAAGAUUUAGUGAUCUGAGAAAAAACAGGAAACCAUUAAAAGUCCAGUGGAACACACAUUCUUACCUGUUAGAGGAACCUGAGAGCAGCUUGUAUUUUCAGCUUGUCUGUCUGUUAUCAGUAUGUGAGCAGCGCCCCCUUGUGGUGCAGUCUGGUUGUCACUGGAAGGAGCAGAGGUUCUGUCUGCUUCCUGAUUUUGUGCUGAUGACGUGCAUGUUGCAGCACAGGAACUGUAGAUUGUCAGGCUGGGAUGCUUCCUGAAACAAGGUUAGAACGCUCCACAUCACAUUAGAAGGUGAAGAAAGACACUUACAAGUGGAUUUCAGCAGUUUGUAAAUUGCAGCACUACCAUAAAGAGUAAACAACUUUAACUGAAAAGGAUUUGUAAAGUAAUGGUCAGAUUUUUAAUCUUUAUUCCACAUCCCACUCUGAGCUCUUUCAUUCCACGCUCCUGUUUCAAACUGCAUCUCCAGCCACCCAUUUCUUUCCCCUUUUACAUGUGAGCAGAACAAAAUAGUUUUUUUAUUCGAGGGUGAGGAGGAAAAAAACCGAAGAAAUAAAAUUGAAACAAAUUUCCAAUGAGAAAGAAUGACAGCAUAACUCCUGGUCAUUGGUCCUCUUGUUGGUCCACAGCUCAGUGCAUGAAGCAGUCAGUAAACAGCUCCUCCAGGCAGUAAGGUUCUGAGUCCGACUGAAAAAUGAACAUUUAAAAUGAUUUGUGGAAAGUCUUUUUUGUAAAACUGCCAAGAGUUCCUGCUAGUUCCCCUGAUGUACAGCCUGAUGUGAACAGAUGUUUAUCAGACCACAUCUCUACCAGGAGGAGAGUUUAAAGUGACCCCUGAUCAGCCACAAUAGUCCCAGUAAAAAUAAUACAUUAUAUUUAAAGCACCUUUCAAGGAACUCAAGGACACUUUACAGAAGCACACAAAUCAAAAGCUGCUGUAAACCAGAAUCAGCCUUCAUGCAUCCUCAGGUGUUGCAGGUCUCUCAUAUCCUGACUGGAAGCAUCAGGACAGCAUGCUUGUUCUCAGCAGCAUGCUUCAUCCUGGACUGCAGCUCUUUAGUUUUUCUGAAGUGGCUGUCCACCCUGUUUUCUUCUUUUGACUCACAGCAGCUUGUUUUGCUGCUGAAAGGAGGUUGCCAGAAUCUUUUUCUAGUGUGCAUGUUAGGAACACCUUUUCAUCCUGCUGCACGUCUUUUUCUGCACUAGUUUCCAUGGCACCGACUGGAGUAAGCAAGCUUCUUAUUUCAGUGAAUCAGUUCCAAAUAAGUGUAUCACAGUAGUGAGUGGGAAGUUAUUCUUCUGGUUUUUGACUUUGGAGUGCAUUUUUCUGACAUGAAGGUAAAUUAGAAUCCUCCUGUAGCUGCAUUCAGGAGCAUCUCUGCUUAAAACUGAAAAAACAAACAAAAGAACACGGCAGCUGGAGUUCAUUUUUAAAGACUGGGUCUGUCUUCAAGCGACAUGCUUGUUCUCUCUCAGGGUACCUAUGUACUUCCUGUUGUGGCCCAGGCAGUCGACAGUAAACCGCUAAUCACACCCUCGUCCUCUUCCUCACCCUUCCACAUGGCUGAAUUUGUAUUUUUGAGUACCUCUGUGUUAGCUUCCUCUAUGAGUGUUUUUUGAUUGUCAUGCUGACCAUCUCUGAUCCGUCUAUCAAAAUUCCUGGUGUGUUUUUUUUCUGGGAUGCAGCCUCUCAUAACACUGCAGAAAAUAUCCACAUACUGUUAACAUUAUUAUAGUUAUUAUUAGGACCAAAAUGAAGGCAAAGUUCCUCUACAGAGACUAAAGCGUCGUUUCACAUUCCUCUACCACAGAUAUCUAAUUGGAUCAGAGUUUCCACUGUUACUCUUUCACUAUUUCCUCUGGAAUUGACAUUUGCAGCUUUUAAUAAUCACCAUUUCUUUGCAUUGUUAGUAGUGUACACACCAUUGACACUACUUUUUCCCACUGAGAAAUUGUAAAUGUGAGGGCACUGUAUAUAUAUAUAUAUAUAUAUAUAUAUAUAUAUAUAUAUAUAUAUAUAUAUGUCAGGGUAGAGACUGCGAUUUGGUAGAAUUGGAGUUUCUACCAGUAGAGUUUGCGAUUGUAAUCUCUACCAGUAGAAACUCCAAUCCUACCAGUAGAGAUGGAACUUUAAAUCUGACCCCUGCCCUGACCCCUGACCCUAACCUUAAAAGUCUAACCUUAGCCCUGACAAAUCUCUACUGGUAGGAUUGGAGUUUCUACUGGUAGAGAUUGUGAUCGCAGUCUCUACAAUUCUACCAAAUCGCAGUCUCUACCCUGACAUAUAUAUGUAGUUCAGAUGUGGAUGCUUGAAAUCUAGCAGCAGUGACUAUGCUUGGAGCACACAGAAUAGUGGGAGGAAUCCCAAACAGACACAUAGUUCAUUAGGAUGUGUGUAAAAUCCCCGUCUGUCUUUUGAUGGACGCAGAAAUAGAGAAGUUGUGAACUUUAUGUGUGAUGGCAUUUCAGAAAGUGAAAGAAAUCCCUGUUUUUCUGGGUGGCUUAGUACCAAACUGCAUGUUCAGCAGGUCAUCCUCCAGGUGGCGUCAGAGGCUGCUUGGACGCACUUAUCAGCUGCUGUUCUGGUUGAUUACCAAUCAAGAUUCAUCAUGAUGCCACGCGUAAAAACAAAGCUUGUUAGCGUGGUGUUUUCUGAGCUGGUUAAAGCGCUAUUUGUGCACUUGUAGCUCAACAGGCGACAACACAUCCAACUUCCUGACUUAAUGAUUUAGGAUUUUCCUUACAGGACAUGGGGGAUUCUCCAUUCCAUGAAUCAACCUCAGUGAGCUCCAUGCUGCUGCUUUAGCAUACACUGUGUCCAGUGACUGUAGGUUCCUAAAUGAAUUACAUGUUAUUUGCUAUUUUUUAAAUGCUGAGUCAUUUUAAAUGAGCUCAGUUUGUAGUUUUGUGUCAGGAAGUGUUCAAGGUUGACAAAUCAUAAUGGUGGGAAAAGAUCAGGUUCAUACCUCUGGGUUUGGGCUCAUCCAGCGAAAUCUGCUGACUUCAGUGUACACACACAGAAAUCAGAAGGAAAUGUUUCUCUUGUUUUGGUGGAGAUGUGCUGAGUCACCCGUCAUUGCCCUGCUGAUGUAAAUAUAGAAAGAGAUUUUAUUUUGUUUAUAAGAGCUUGUGUAAUUUAAAGGUGUACAUUUCUAUAUGUUUUCUGAUUUUGUGUGUUUGUUUUUUGACUAAAUAAAUUGAUUGUGUUAACUGUG